AUGCAGAUUGAAAUAAAGGAUGGGAGGAGUGAUAACUCUCCUUUGCCCGAAGAAAAGCUAGUUUGGUUAAUUCAAGAAAGUUAUGACAGUUUAAGAGAUGACAAUGAAACUGAUCCUUCAACUAAAUCAAUUUCAAACCUCCUUAUAAAAUUGGUUCUAGAAAAACUUGAAAAGCACUCUUCUUUAUAUAAAUAUAUUGUUACGGUGACGACAUUAGAUAUUGGAGAACUCAGCGGAGGAACCGCCAAUUUCUCAUUGAAGAAUGAUACAGGCGCAUCCUGGCAAUCUAAAAAAGAUGGUAUAUUCAACUAUAAACUGGAAGACGAAAAUGACGCCAAGUGCUAUUUGAUGACAAUUCUUUGGCUGCACAAGUAG